GUUAUCACAGAUACCAUAUCAGCACAGAUAAGGUAUGUUGAUACGAGGUUUGUACAAAGGAACAUAGUUCACUUGUACACUUUGAAAACGCUAUAUGCCAGUCUUCUAGUUUCAUGUAUUGGUGUACAAUUACACAAAAAGAAGUGAGGUCACAACCGUUCAUGCCAUAUAAGAGUUUGCGGUACGAAGACUAAAACCUCAGGAAGUCAGUCUGGCCAUGGAUAGACGGAGGAAGCUGGUGAUUGUGGGUGACGGAGCUUGUGGGAAAACAUGCCUCCUCGUUGUGUUCACUAAAGACGAGUUUCCCGACGUCUACGUGCCAACUGUCUUCGAAACCUACAUCGCAGACAUCGAGGUUGACGGUAGACAGGUUGAGCUGUCGCUGUGGGAUACUGCAGGCCAAGAAGACUACGAUCGACUCCGACCGUUGUCCUACCCAGAUACUAACGUCAUCCUCAUGUGCUUCUCCAUCGACAACCCAGAUAGCCUUGAUAACAUCCGAGAGAAGUGGAACCCGGAAGUGAAACACUUCUGCCCCAGCGUUCCCGUCAUUCUCGUCGGCAACAAGAAGGAUCUCCGCAAUGAUGCCACAACCAAGGCUGAGCUGGCGCGAUACAAACAGUUUCCGGUUAAACCGGAAGAGGGUCGUGAUAUGGCCGAGCGAAUAGGAGCAGCGGCCUAUCUCGAAUGUUCGGCUAAACUGAUGCAGGGUGUGAGGGAGGUAUUCCAAACAGCAGCUAGUGUAGCGCUGACCACUAAGAGAUCGAAGAAAACUUCAAAGAAACGCAGUAUAUGUGUAAUCCUUUGCUUUGAAGGGGAGAAACAGCCACAUGUACCAGGUCCGGGAUUGGACUCGCCUGAACGCAACAACAAGAUGCGUCGUUCGAGCGGCCUAUAUAUGUAUGUGACAUGCUACUGGAGACUUGUGUCCCUAGUACAACUGAACCCAGACAGGUGCGCGGUAGUCCCAGCCAUUGAUUGGACCGUUGUUCUACCUCAACACGUUCACCAGGAAAUAAAAAUGGCGACCACGAUGAAGAUGGUUGUUAUAGGUGACGGCGGUUGUGGAAAAACAUGUCUUCUGAUGGUGUACGCGAAAGACACGUUUCCGGAGGUAUACGUGCCAACAAUAUUUGAGAACUGUGCAAAGGUCAUCGAAGUAGACAACAAAAAGAUUAACCUGGCGCUGUGGGAUACGGCAGGCCAAGAAGGGUAUGAUCGCCUCCGCCCACUGUCCUACCCACUAACAGAUGUUAUACUCAUGUGCUUCUCUAUCGACAGUCCAGACAGCUUUGAUAACAUCCAGGAGAUGUGGAACCCGGAAGUGAAGCAUUUCUGCCCUGACGUUCCCGUCAUCCUCGUCGGUAACAAGAAAGAUCUGCGCAAUGAUGACCACACCAAGGCUAGGUUGGCGCAGAGCAAACAAUUUCCGGUUAAACCGGAAGCAGGACAAAAUAUGGCGGACAAAAUCGGAGCUGUAACUUACCGCGAGUGUUCUGCGAAGACAAAGGAAGGUGUGGUUGACAUAUUUCAAACUGCAGUUCGUGCAGCUCAGAGGUCGCAGAAAAACAAGAAGAAGCGGUUGUGUAAUAUUCUGUGAAGUCAAAUACUAUAAAAUAACACGCAUUGACCAAUCCCAGCCCACAUUCCUGUUUGUUUGAGGAUUAACUGCACCAAUCUGUUCUUCAGAGUCGUGUUUGCCUUUACUGUAAUGGGCAUGGUGAUGUAGAGAUUAUAUGAAUUUGGUUGGCAAUUCUAUGAACAAUGCGAACAAUUGUAAAUAUUACAUUUUGUCUGAACAACAUACUGGGAAUGAAAGGAAGCAAAUUGCGAUAGAAAUGACCUUUCACUCACUUGACUGAUUGAUCAUACAGUACUUGUUCACUUGAUCCCUGUAUUUGUAAAACAAUAGGUUUCGGUUUCUAACUCAUCCGCUACACCUUCAGAUAGGAGCAUCCAUAGGAGCUGCAAAACAGCCACAGAUAGAAGAAUACCGUGUACAGUAUCCAAUUCAGUCUAUUACCGUGGUAUUCAUAGAAUAAAGCUGGAGUCGCGUCACAGUAAAAAAAGAUAUUUUCUUCUCAACCUAUUUACAUUCCCUUUCACAUAUACAACCGUUAUAUGCAGCUACUACCACAGUUUUAGAAACUUUAUAACAUUUUGAUGUGAUAUCAAAUUUGAAAUUUUAUUGAGUGAGUAAGUUACAGUGUCACGACAGUUAAUUAUUGUUUAAAAGGACAUGGACAUUCUUUGUGAACAAUCAGUGCUUGACGUUUGUUGUUUAACGCCGCUCUCGGGAUUAUUUCAGCUAUAUGGCGGCGGGCUGUAAAUAAUCGAGUCUGGACCAGACAAUCCAGUGAUCAACAGCAUGAGCAUCGAUCUACACAACUUGGAAACCAUGACAUAUAAUUAAUGAAAGCUUUUCUUAGGAUGAACCAACCGAAUCAAUGAGCAGGUUAAUACACGGACCUGGCAACUCGGAAGAGAAUUAUUUGUACUGAUGUUUGUGUUUGUGUUCUUGCAUAUUUUCACGAUCAUGUUCAUAUAUAUGCUCAUUUUUUUGUAUAGGUUCAUGUUUAUGUAUAUUUUCAUGGUUAUUAUUUAUGCAUGCAUACUUUCAUGUUCCUGUUCAGCGCAAAUGCCAUGCUUCUCGUAAGAGGCGACUAACGGGAUUGGGUGGUCAUGUCAUCGUAUUCCAACUGCGUAAUUCGAUGCUCAUGUUGUUGAUCUCUGGAUUGUCUGGUCCAGACUCGAAUAUUUACAGACCGCCUCUGUAUAGCUGGAAUGCAGUGUAAAACUAAACUCACUCAGCGCAAAUGGAAAUUUAUCGACAUUAUUUGCCCAUAUGGGUAAUCAGUUAUCAAUUUGAUAAAGAAAUGUAUCGGUAGUUCAAAUUUCCAUAAUGAAAAAAAUCGCUUCCCCAUUUUCUGCGAUUCACUGUUAAAAAUGACCUGUUUAUGGAGUGAGUGAGUUGAGUUUUACGCCGCACUCAGCAAUAUUCCAGCUAUAUGGCGGCGGACCUGUCUAUGGAAGUUAUCGUCAUUACAGUACAUGUUGAAGAAUAAUAGUACAGGAAGAAUUCACCAUGUUCAGAAUUUAUGCCAAUAAAGACGACAGGAUCUGUCAUUUCAAUGCCA